CAUUAUGACCUCUCACCUUCUCAGAAAAUGAUUUCAUCAUCAAGCCUUUACGAAAUCUGGAUGCUGAUAUAAAAUUAUUGCUACGGAAUUCCUGUAAGUCUAUAUAUGAUUUACGACCAUACAUAACAUCGAAAACGUUUAAAAGCCAAAUUCGCAACUUUGUUCGUUUUUAGUCCCUAUCAACAAACAAACGCAAUCUGAUGAGCGUUUUUGGGCAUUAUCUUACGAGUUGAUGGUUUUGCAUUCGUGAGUUCUUUCGAAAAUUUAAGAUUUAUUUAAAAGGUACCAGUUAAAAAACUGGCUGGGAGAAUGUCGAAAUUGAAACAACUUGGUCUGCUGAUAUGGAAGAACUUCAAGCUUCAAAGAAAACAUCCGAUUGGAACCAUUUUUCAAAUAGGGUUACCAAUCUCCAUGUCAUUCACACUCCUGGCCUUGCGAUUGUUCCUUGUCACUGAUUGCCCAGCCUUGGUUUGGAAUGAAUUCAGUGUAACCUCUCCACCACCAGCACUAAGAAGAUCAUUCUCUAUAGGCUUGGCUGCAAAUAAUGCUUCUCAACUGUCCCAAGAGCUUUUCAACAACCUUACAUUUUAUCUUAAUGAACAUGCUUAUCCGGAUCAAAAUAUCACCUUGCAAAUAUUUCCAAAUGAGGAUGACGUGGUUAAUGAACUAAUGAGCUCCUCUGAAGGCAACUCUACCAAAUGCAUUGGAGGUAUAUACUUUACUCGUCUCCCAUCAAAACAGGCCAAUUUCAUCAACUACAAGCUGCGACUCAUCAACCCAAAGGAAGACAACUCUGGCCUUGGCAAGAAUGGCAAUGGCUGGUUGACAAAGUAUGUUUUCUCGAGGUUUCAAAAUCCUGAACCAAGAAAUAAAGAUGAUUCCCAUGAAGGCAGUCCAGACGAUUAUAGUACCGCUUUCUUGUUUACCCAACAUGCAGUAGAUCGAGCUAUUAUUGGACAGUUUGCUACUCAAGACCAAAUAUCGGUUCGCAUAGAAAAAUUUCCAUUCACAAACUCUUUUAAGGUUUCCUUCAGUUCAAAUAUUCAAUUUUUAAUCCCAGUCGUCAUUGCAAUUGCUUUUUUGUUUAUUGCACUUGUGAUUGUGCGUAAUAUUGUAUAUGAGAAGGAACAAGGGCUAAAGGAAACUUUAAAAAUCAUCGGCGUCAAUAAUUGGCUUCAUUGGGUGGCGUGGUUUAUUGAAAGUUUUCUUAUUUGUCUCCUUGCAGUUGUCAUAAUGACGCUUCUUUUCACGAUAAAAUUGAACAGUAAUGGGAGUGUUAUCGACAAAACAGCACCCACAAUAUUUUUCAUCUAUCUUUUGCUUUAUUUUACCUCUGGUAAUAUGUUUUGUUUUUUCGUAAGCGUUUUUUUCUCCAAAGCGAGCACCGCUGCUGCAGGUGGUGGUAUAAUUUGGUAUAUUUCCUUCAUACCAUUCUUCUUCAUAAUGCAAUACUACGACAAAAUGUCGUUCACUCUCAAAGCAAUUGCAUGCCUCAUACCAAAUCUUGGCAUGUCUCUUGGAGCGAUUGACAUCGGCAAGUUUGAAGGAUCCGGUAGCGGCGUUCAAUGGGAUAACCUUUUUCAUGGUGUUGAUGUGGACGACACGUUCUCCCUCGGGACUGUGUUCAUCAUGAUGAUUAUUAGUUGUGCCAUAUAUGGUAUGCUUACAUGGUAUAUUGAAAAUGUGUUCCCAGGACAGUAUGGUACUUCAAAACCUUUUUACUUCCCAUUCACCAAGACCUACUGGUGCGGAAGCUUUGAAAAGGUAUCAAAUGAUGAAGAAACCUUGCCAUUAUUAAGAAAUGCGGAGAAGUUCGAAACAUCGAAGAAGUUCGAAAGGGCUCCUCAAGGUCUGGAUGUGGGGAUUGACAUCAAAAAUUUAGUGAAGAUCUAUGACGGAGUAACAGGUAAAAAAGUCGCUGUAGAUGAUGUUUCACUAAAGAUGUACGAGGGACAAAUUACGGUUCUUCUUGGUCAUAACGGAGCUGGUAAAAGUAGUUUGAUGUCUGUCCUUACCGGUUUUUAUUCUCCGAGUCAGGGAACUGCCGUUGUCAAUGGUUACGACAUUAGAACAAGUAUGGAUGGCGUACGGUCAAGUUUAGGUUUAUGUCCACAACAUGACGUUUUGUACGAUCGACUGACUGUUAAGGAGCAUUUGUGGUUCUUCGGAAAACUGAAGGGUCUGUCUAGUGAUGAAAUCGAUAGCGAAGUGGAAAAAAUGAUGGAGUCCAUCAAACUGGCCGAUAAAGCUAACGCUCAGACAAGAUAUUUGUCCGGCGGGAUGAAACGCAAGCUAUCUUUAGGAGUAGCGCUGAUUGGAAAAACGAAGGUGUUAAUGCUUGAUGAACCUACUUCCGGUAUGGAUCCAUCCGCCUGCAGGUUUACUUGGGAACUGCUUCAGAAGUAUCGUGACGGGCGAACGAUCUUGCUGACGACACAUUUCAUGGACGAGGCCGACGUUUUAGGAGAUCGAAUUGCAAUAAUGGCUGAGGGCAAAAUCCGUUGUUGUGGUAGUUCAUUGUUUUUGAAAAACCAUUAUGACGUGGGUUAUCAUCUAGUGAUGGUCAAAGAACCAGAAUGUAAAGAACACAAAAUUGACGAACUUGUUAAAGACUAUGUCCCGAAUGGCCAAUUGGAAAGUCGCGCUGGCGCUGAAUUGUCAUACAUCUUGCCUCGAGAAUCUUCCCGGAAUUUUUCCACGUUGUUCUCAGAACUGGAGACUCGACGAAAGGAGCUGGGAAUUGCUAGUUAUGGCGCUUCAAUGACAACCAUGGAAGAAGUUUUUAUGAAAGUGGGAACGGAAUGUGACGACACGUUAGAUGAUAGACUAAAAGCGGAUGCAAUAAACGCUUCAGUAAGUACAGUGAAUGAUGAAGACACAUUAUAUGGACGCAACAACAGUAUGAUGCCAAUAACAAACACAACAAAGCCACAGUUAAACUACGGAAUAACCUUGUUUCUGCAGAGGUGGUGUGCUAUGUUCAAGAAACGCUUUCUUCAUUCGCGUCGACAUAAAAUAGCCAUAAUUCCUCAGCUUCUCGUGCCUCUUAUUUACACAAUGCUUGCUUUGAUUUCCAUUGACAUGAUUCCUAAGCCCGAGGACUCUCCUCCCAGAAUUUUGACGACAGCUAUGUUUCAUGAUAACAUUGCACCUUACUCAAUUGCUGGAAACCCGAACAGGGAGAUAAAUGAUCUGGUUAAAAUGUACACACAUUCGGCAAGCUCGUACACUAAGUUCGUUGAUAUCGACAAGGAUAGUGCUUUCCGUGAUGGGAACAUGACCAAAUAUUUACUAGAAAAAGCCAAAGGAAGAAACAUUGGAUACUUCAACAGACAUUAUCUGGUUGCAGCGACAUUUACUGAAGCAAAUAAAAAAGCAAUAGCCAAGGCUUGGUUCAACGAUCAAGCUUAUCAUGCGAUAGCGGUGGCACUGAGUGCAGUGGACAACGCCAUUUUGAAAAACAGUUCCGGGAAUAAAAACAAAUUAAUCACAGUGACAAAUCAUCCUUUGCCGAGAACUACGAAGCAAAAAUCAAAUGAUUUAGAUGACAACAGUGGUGGUCUUAAUAUAGCUUUCAAUCUGCUGUUUGGCAUGGCGUUUCUUGCUUCAAGUUUUGUCGUGUUUGUCGUCCAGGAGCGAACGAACGGUGCAAAACAUGUGCAGUUCGUUAGUGGCGUUGAUCCCAUUAGCUACUGGACUGCUUCGUGGUUGUGGGACAUGGUGAAUUUCACACUUCCCUGUAUCGGCGUUGUUAUUUUGUUUGCAUGUUUUAACGUUCCUGCGUACACAGAAGGCUAUCGUCUUGGAAUAGUUUUUCUCGUUUUGAUGCUUUAUGGUUCAGCCAUCAUCCCGUUUAUGUAUCUCUUCUCGUUUCUCUUCAAAACGGCGUCGAAAGCUUUCAUCUUAUUGACGUUGUUAAAUAUUGUAACUGGUCCUGUCGCCUUGCUUGUUGUGUUCAUCAUUCAGAGUCUUGACUACCAUCACACUGUUGAUGUCCUUAACUGGACUUUUUUGGUACUCCCCAACUUUUGCCUCGGACAGUCGUUCUCCAAUAUUUUUGAGAAUUAUAACCGUAUCAGACUUUACAAUAUGUGCAUAGAAAAGUAUGCGCCAGUGAUGUGCAUGUCUCAGAGAGCGAGGAUUCAGACGAAUUAUUUCGCCUUUGAAAAUCCUGGAAUUGGUCGAUUUCUCUUGGUGUUACCACUUGAAGGAAUUUUCUUCAUGUUUAUUAUUCUGCUGAUCGACUUCAAUGCUAUUCGGUCGUUGCGAAGUUCCAUUAGAUCGGUGUACGUCGAUCCGUUUGACAGCAUGCAUCCAAACGAUGAAACGGAAGAUUCCGACGUGAUGGCGGAAAAACGACGAGUACUCAACGACGAAGUGAACGAAGACGUGCUUGUAGUGAAAGAUCUUACGAAAAUAUUUAAAGUUCCAGGUCGUCGAACAUUUGCUGCAGUGGAUCACAUCAGCUUGGGAAUACCUUUAGGUGAAUGCUUCGGUCUCCUGGGAGUCAAUGGCGCGGGAAAAACUACAACGUUUAAAAUGUUAACAGGCGAUGUGAUUCCAACUUCGGGUACCGCCGUCCUUGACUCGUGGGAUAUUCAGACUAAUUUAAGUCGGGUUCGUCAACGAACAGGCUAUUGUCCACAAUUUGAUGCUUUGAUCGAUUUAUUGACGGGACGGGAGAUGUUACAAAUGUAUGCUGCACUUCGUGGAGUCCCCAGUCAUGAGAUCAAUCCAUUGAUCGAAGAUUUAAUGAGAUCAGUGUUGCUAACGGAACACGCUGAUAAGUUAACUAAAACAUACAGUGGUGGAAACAAACGCAAACUAAGUACAGCGAUAGCUUUGAUUGGCGAUCCACUCAUAGUUUUUCUCGACGAACCAACUACUGGAAUGGAUCCUGUUGCAAGACGACUGUUAUGGAACACUUUAUGUAGAGUCAGAGCCGAAGGUCGAUGCCUGAUGAUUACGUCACAUAGCAUGGAAGAAUGCGAGGCGUUGUGUACUCGGUUGGCAAUCAUGGUAAAUGGCAAAUUUCGCUGCCUCGGUAGCCCGCAACACCUGAAGAACAAAUUCGUUCAAGGAUUCACUUUGUUGGUAAACCCUCCAAGUAACACGCCCAGUAAUGACACGACCUUGGUAAAAGAAUUCGUGGCAGAGACGUUCCCAGGCAGUGAACUUCGAGAUGAGCACAAUGGCUUGUUGAAUUACCACAUAGGCGAUUCAAAAUGGGCUUGGUCUUCCCUGUUUGCGAUCUUAGAAGAUGCGCACAGCCGUUCUGUUAUCGGUAAUUAUGCUGUUACGCAAACCACACUGGAACAAAUAUUUUUAAAUUUUGCUCGCUCACAGAGAGGCUACGACGAAUAGAUGGUCGAUUAAUAUCGUCAUACAUGGGGCAGUGUGACCAUUUAUCUAGUAUUAUUACUAAAUUUUGAUGAUUGAACACAUAAUUGAACAACAACACACUCCUUGUUUAUUUUGGUGAUAACACUGACAUUUGACAGUCAUAAUGAUAGUAAUAUAAUAAUAACAAACAUGUGACAGUCA